AGGAUAUAAGAAGUGUAAUAUUUGUUUCUUGCUUUUAUCUUAGUACUAUUAGAGUUAGUGUUUUUGAUUAUCAUAGGAGAGUCCUUGUCAGCAAAAAAUAUGUUUAUGAGCAAACAGUUGGUUUAUGUGAAAUUACAAUUUUAUAAAUGUUCUGAGACAAUAAAAAUGUAAAAUGGCAGUGUCCCGUUUUGUAUCUUUUCCUGGAAUACUUGCAUGGACAACAUUCAGAGACGUUGAGAGCAAGAUAACUACUUUGUUAAACUGGUGACAAUCUGACAGACUCUGCCUCAUAAAAGAAUUCCAGUGUCCAACAAUCAGGUCUUCACUUCUCUCAACUAACCUUUCUUCUGACAUCACAGCGGAAGGAGACAGAUUGCUGCCAACAUGAGAAGUAUUGGGAUGAUGCCCAAUGAUAUUCCUGAGUGGAAGAAACAUGCUUUUGGGGGCAACAAAGCCUCUUAUGGGAAAAAGACCCAGAUGUCAAUCAUUGAGCAGAGGGAGAGCCUGCCCAUCUGCAAACUGAAGGAGCAGUUGAUCCAGGCCGUCCAUGACAAUCAGAUCCUGAUAGUUAUUGGUGAGACAGGAUCUGGAAAGACAACACAGAUCACCCAGUACCUGGCGGAGGCAGGCUACACUUCCAGGGGCAAGAUUGGGUGUACCCAGCCCAGAAGAAUGGCAGCAAUGUCAGUGGCCAAAAGGGUUGGUUGUUGCUUAGGCCCAGAGGUGAGCUACACCAUUCGAUUUGAGGACUGCACUAGCCCUGAAACAGUCAUCAAGUACAUGACAGAUGGAAUGUUGCUUAGGGAGUGCUUGAUUGACCCUGACCUCACUCAGUAUGCAAUCAUCAUGUUGGACGAGGUGCAUGAGAGGACAGUUGACACUGAUGUGCUCUUUGGAUUGUUGAAAAAGACAGUUCAGAAAUGGCAGGACAUGAAGCUGAUUGUCACCUCAGCCACGUUGGAUGCAGUGAAGUUUUCUCAAUACUUCUAUGAAGCUCCCAUUUUCGCCAUCCCAGGUCGAACAUAUCCAGUGGAAAUACUGUACACAAAGGAACCUGAGACAGAUUAUCUGGAUGUCAGCCUGAUUACUGUUAUGCAGAUCUAUUUAACAGAGCCACCAGGUAAUAUCCUGGUCUUCCUGACUGGUCAGGAAGAGAUUGAUACUGCUUGCGAGAUCCUGUAUGAAAGAAUGAAAUCCCUGGGACCUGAUGUUCCGGAGUUAAUUAUCCUCCCAGUGUACUCUGCUCUUCCCAGUGAGAUGCAGACCCGAAUCUUUGACCCAGCUCCACCAGGCAACAGAAAGGUUGUGAUUGCCACCAAUAUCGCAGAGACAUUGCUGACUAUUGACUACUACAUGGUGGACCCAGGAUUCAUGAAGCAGAAAGUUUAUAAUUCCAAGACAGGGAUUGACCAGCUUGUGGUGACGCCUAUUUCUCAGGCUCAGGCAAAGCAACGAGCUGGCAGAGCUAGGAGAACAGGCCCAGGGAAGUGUUACAGACUAUAUACAGAACGUGCCUACUGAGAUGAAAUGCUCACCACCAACGUGCUGGAAAUCCAGAGAACCAACUUAGCAAGCACGGUGCUGUCACUCAAGGCCAUGGGUACCAAUGACCUGCUGUCCUUUGAUUUCAUGGAUGCCCCACCAAUGGAAACUUUGAUCACUGCCAUGGAGCAGCUGUAUACACUGGGGGCCCUGGACGAUGAGGGCCUGCUCACUCGCUUGGGCCGCCGGAUGGCAGAGUUUCCUCUGGAGCCAAUGCUAUGCAAAAUGCUCAUCAUGUCUGUGCAUCUGGGCUGCAGUGAGGAAAUGCUGACCGUUGUAUCCAUGCUGUCUGUGCAGAACGUCUUCUAUAGGCCCAAGGAUAAACAAGCCCUUGCAGAUCAGAAGAAGGCCAAAUUCCACCAGACCGAAGGGGACCACCUCACCCUGCUAGCUGUGUACAACUCCUGGAAGAAUAACAAGUUCUCCAACCCAUGGUGCUAUGAGAACUUUAUCCAGGCUCGUUCCCUGCGCCGGGCCCAGGACAUUCGCAAGCAGAUGUUAGGCAUAAUGGACAGACACAAGCUGGAUGUUGUUUCCUGUGGCAAGUCCACAGUCCGAGUACAGAAGGCCAUCUGCAGUGGGUUCUUCUGUAAUGCCGCCAAGAAAGACCCGCAGGAGGUUACCCAGACGCUGAUCAACCAGCAGGUGGUCUACAUCCAUCCUUCCAGUGCCCUCUUCAACAGACAGCCAGAAUGGGUCGUAUACCAUGAGCUGGUGCUGACCACCAAGGAAUACAUGCGUGAGGUUACCACCAUCGACCUGCGGUGGCUUGUGGAGUUUGCCCUGGCCUUCUUCAAGGUCUCUGACCCAACUAAGCUAAGCAAACAGAAGAAGCAGCAGCGUCUGGAACCCUUGUACAACCGCUAUGAGGAACCCAAUGCCUGGAGAAUAUCCCGGGCCUUCCGACGGCGCUGAAAGGCAAGCGUUUUCAUUUGCCUCUCCAGCAGCAGUAGCCUGGGGCUCGCACUUAUUCUCAUUGAUGACAGGCUGGUCCUGAGGAUACAGCUGUCCUGUGACUGACUGUCUUAACUGGGCAUUUUCUCAACUUGACUCUCAUUUCUUCCCUGCUGGUAAAAUAGAAACAGGGAUUUAGGCUUGGCUUUGGCAAGAGCCUCCAGCUCCCAUCAUCCCAAGUCCUUGGGGCCUGUUGGGAGCUCCUAGCUAACACGGAGACACAGUGCAUCAGCUUCAAGAAAGGGGCAACUUGUGCAGUCUCGAGCGGGCGAGUGUCUCAUGCAAGGACAUGGUAAGGGCACUGAUGCCACAGCUGGCAGGAGCUACUGUGCUCGUCUAAAGUGUGUGCCGUGUGUGCCCCAGGGCUUCCCACCCCUUCUCUAGCCCCUGUACUUUAGUUUGACCUCCAUGGAAAUAUUUAUUUUCCUAAGGAAUCUAAGAUGAUUUUCUGUGACUGUUUCUUUUAGCUGAAAGGGUAGGAUACUGGCUUGGGCACAGGGUGAGGGAGAUUUAGUAUCUGUGCUCGGGUGCAUAUGAUGAGAAUCCCCUUUGGGCUCAGAAAUGAUGUACAGCCCAGACCUCCAGCCUUGUCUUUCAGCAUCAGCGGCCGUGCUGGGGGAUCACCCCAUGAUUAACCAUGUCCUCUCCCCAGGGCACGUCAGUCUGGAGGCCUGAGUGGUUACAGAUGCCACAUAUUAAACACAGAAGGGCCAGGCGCGAUGGCUCAAGCCUGUAAUCUCAGCACUUUGGGAGGCCGAGGUGGGUGGAUCACAAGGUCAAGAGAUCAAGACCAUCCUGGUCAACAUGGUGAAACCCCAUCUCUACUAAAAAAAAAAAAAUACAAAAAAUUAGCUGGGCAUGGUGGUGCAUGCCUGUAAUCCCACCUACUCAGGAGGCUGAGGCAGGAGAAUUGCCUGAACCCAGGAGGCGGAGGUUGUGGUGAGCCGGGAUCGUGCCAUUGCACUCCAGUCUGGGUAACAAGAGUGAAACUCUGUCUCAAAAAUAAAAAUAAAAAUAAAUAAACACAGAAGGUUUCCCCCUGCUCCCUUAACCUCCCACCACAUUCACAACGUGCAGCAUGUCCCAUUUCCUUUUGAAACAUAUUAAGUAACAACACAGCUUUUAUUUUGUUUUUAUUUUUUUCCCCUGAGGUCCCGGAUGGACUUUAACAAAGGAAUUUUAUGGUCAAAACCUCCCUUUUCCCACCCCUAACAGAAAACAAACAUAACACCUCUCCUCUCAGCUGGUCUGUGCUGCCUGGAAUCUGUGCUCCAGGGCUUGUUCUCGCGGGUUUUUCCUGGCACUUGGCUGGGGAAUGGCCACCUCCUUGUGCCCCUCUCACAGCUCCUGAGGAGGCUCUUUUUUUUUUCUUCCCAUAUAGAUGGGUUCUCACUAUGUUCCCCAGGCUGCUCUCCAAUUCCUGGCUUCAGGCAAUCCUCCUGCCUCCGCCUCCCAAAGUGAGAUCCACUGUCCUCAGCACUGAGGAGGCUCCUUACCUGGAGGAACAUCAGGCAGGUCUUGCCAGGCCAGGUUGUGGAAAGCUGGUCUGGACGUAGUGCUUGUAGAGAAGCCGCUGGGAGAUUGGGCACGUCCUGUUAUGGUGCUGCUUCUCCCACCCUUAGGUUACUAGCAAGUUCUGAAGUGAUAUAAAUGCUAGAACUACUGUAGAACUGUAUGCCAGAAACUAAAAGAGACUAAUCAACAUUCCAGGAUAUAAAGGAAUGUAUAUUGUCACUGGGCAGCAAACCGCACCCUAAAGACAAUUCAGAGAGCCAAGGGAGAGGAAUAUAGGCCAGGCAUCCUGCUGACUGCUGAUCCCUGCCCCUUUGUUAAGCUGAGUGAGUGUCUUCUGAUUCUGUCUGUGUGCCUUUGUAAGCCCAGGCCAGUCAUCAAGGGGCAGGGCGUUGUUGUGUGUUAACCUUGAAGCCUUCUGGGGAGAGACAGAGCAGGGACCUCAAAUGAAGCCAAAGGGGAAACCGGGGCUGGCAUCCACCUCCCCAAUCUCGUUUUGUUUUGUUGUUAUUUUUUUGAGUUAGGAUCUUGAGCCCGGGCUGGCGUCAAACUCCUGGGCUCAAGUUAUCCUCCCGCCUCAGCCUCCCCAGUAGCUCGGACUAUAGGUGCACACCACCACACCUGUCUCCCGGUCUUAAUUCCAGCCUAAAUCUUCCCCAUUCAGAAACAAACUCCUGGAUGUGGUGGCCCAGCCUGUCCCGACUGAGUGCCCAGCACUGACAGUGUUGGCACCUGGGGAGGGAGGCUUGGGUUUUAAGCUGAGGUUGAAAAGGAAUGUUGAAUGGGCCAAGGAUAAUGGCAGCAGGGUUGGUUAUCUUUCUGGCUCAGGUGAGGAAAAAAGAAUCCCAUUCUGUGGGUGUUCCUUGACCAUCUCUACCCUAGAGCUGAGGUCACUUCUCUGCCAUGACAGCAUAGCUGGGGUCUGACCUUUUGACUAUCAGGAAAGCAGUGUGCGAGCUGAGCUGAGCCUGCUCUGAGGGAGAGGAGGGGGUCCUGUACAGAUGCAGAAGGGGAGCUUGCCUGCUGCUCUCACAAUGGAGCCCUUGUUUCUCUUCAUUGAACCAGUAUUUCCCAAGAUUGGAAGCAGGCUCAAAGUGCACAAGGGACACCUGUCCAGGUUAUCAAGUAUCCCAUCCAUUAUCCAUUAUUUCUGGAUCUUCACACAGUAAGGAGAGGAUGUGGGUCUCAUGCAGAGAGCGGGGGUCUUUUUGGCCAUUAAAGUAUAUUGUUCACCCCAACCCAGCAGGAAGCAGGCUCAGGAGUUGCCUACCUCUGCACAUGUGCUGAAUGCGCUGUUUAUGUAUAUCGGGCGACUGUCCCCAUGGGGCAUGUGUGAGCUCCGAUGCUGUGUCAGGCUCCUCAGUCCAGGUUUACUUCAUCCUGCCUGGAUGAGUUACUUUGACUGUCUACUGCAGCCCAAAGCACUUCCCCUCCAUGGGUGCUGUAGCUGUCUCACUGGAGCAUUGCCCCUCCAAGUUUGAGGAUUUGAACAAAGAACUGGGACUGGUGACCUGUUAAUGAACAGUUCAGAGGGCACAGGCCAUCCUCUCAGCCUGUAGAGACCUCGCUUUCCCUGGAUGCUGCUUCUCAUCUCAAUCCCUCUCUCUUCGUGUGUGUACUCAGCCCUCAGUGUCUCCACCAGAUUAAAACCUUCUUCCCACCAUGAUAGCUUGGCUUUAAUGUGGAAUUAAAUUAUAUAUUUUUAAAAUUUA